AAUAAUGAGCAAGAUCUACUCAAAUUUGUAUUCAUCCCAUGGCACUCCUAAAGUGAGCAAGAGGGGCCUUACUCAUUUUUGAGCAAGUGAUUCAAAGCCAAAGCCGCAUGAGUAAGCUUCACACAUUGAAGCGUUUCGUCACCAUUCCGGAAGAAUGAGUAACCGUUACACACAAAUGCGUAUGGUUCGCUUGCUCUGAAAAUGUGUGAUAGCUACUCAUUUUGAUUAAAUUGAUUUUUUUCAUAGUUGUUUGAAUAAAAUACAGUAAUUUUACUUAAUUGAAAGUUUAAUACUUGUAGGAAUUAACACUUUAAACACAUUUUGAUUCCUUAUACCAUUAUGUAUUAAAAUUAAUAAAACUACUGUCGUCGCAUAAGUCGUCAUAUUGGACCCGGUUCCACAUCGGGAAUUGGUGACCGGAUCCAUCCGAGGGUUCCAGCGAUGCAAUUUUUCACCUAAAUAAAAUAAAAACUAAAUUUAACAACUUAAUUUACCUAAUUUUUAAUUGAUUACUUAUGUUUGGGAAUCAUCCUUGUGAUCAUCGCGCAGACAAACAACUUUUUUUUUUUUUUUGUUUGAAACUUUGACAAACGCUCGCUUUUUGGAGCGUUUGUCAACAAAAGCCAGGAGCUCAAAAAUGAGUAACAGUCCAACAGCUCACGGCGUGAGUAUGACCUACACAUAAUUUUCACACAUUCUCCCGGAUUUGCAGCGAUGCGCCAGAGUGAGUAACUGUUACUCAUGUGAUGUGCGGAACAGUUUAAGCGUGUGUUUUGUUUUGAAAUCGUUUCGUCGUCGUCUCGUCGCUGGCGUGAUUUCUUUUCGGAGCUUUCGGAGUGUUUUACGUAUUAAUUUUGGACUAAAUUUCCAUCGUUUUCACCAUGGAGAAACCCCAAAAAAUGCCCAAAGUGGCCAAGGUAAAAAACAAAGCCCCGGCGGAGGUGCAAAUCACCGCCGAACAGCUGCUGCGGGAAGCCAAAGAGCGAGAUCUGGAGAUCCUGCCGCCACCGCCGAAGCAGAAAAUCUCCGAUGCCGCUGAACUGGCAGACUACCAGCAGCGGAAGCGCAAAACGUUUGAGGAUAACCUGCGUAAAAAUAGGAUGGUGGUCAGCAAUUGGAUUAAGUACGCCCAGUGGGAGGAAUCGCAGAAGGAGAUCCAGCGGGCACGGUCGAUCUGGGAGCGGGCGAUCGACAACGAGCACCGGAACAUCACGAUAUGGCUGAAGUAUGCCGAGAUGGAGAUGAAGCAUCGGCAGGUGAACCACGCGAGGAACUUGUGGGACCGGGCCGUGACGGUAAUGCCCCGGACGAACCAGUUCUGGUACAAGUAUACGUACAUGGAGGAGAUGCUGGAGAAUGUGGCCGGAGCGCGGCAGGUUUUCGAACGGUGGAUGGAGUGGCAACCGGAGGAACAGGCCUGGCAAACUUAUAUUAACUUUGAGCUGAGGUACAAGGAAAUUGACCGGGCCCGGCAGAUCUACGAGCGGUUCGUGAUGGUCCAUCCGGAAAUUAAGAACUGGAUCAAGUACGCCCGGUUCGAGGAGGCGCACGGGUUCAUAAAUGGGGCGCGGUCGGUGUACGAACGGGCGAUUGAGUUCUUCGGAGAUGACAACGCGGAUGAGAGGUUGUUCAUUGCUUUCGCGAAAUUCGAAGAAGGCCAGAAAGAGCAUGACCGAGUCCGGGUCAUCUACAAGUACGCAUUGGAUCACCUUCCAAAAGAGAGGACGGCGGAUCUGUACAAAGCGUAUACGAUUCACGAGAAGAAGUACGGCGACCGAUCCGGCAUCGAGGAUGUCAUCGUUUCCAAGCGAAAGUUCCAGUACGAACAGGAAGUGGCCGAAAAUCCGACAAACUACGAUGCCUGGUUUGACUAUUUGCGAUUGGUCGAGAACGAAAUGAACCAAGAGCUGAUUCGGGAAACUUACGAACGGGCCAUUGCCAAUGUCCCGCCGGCGAAGGAUAAGAAUCUGUGGCGGCGGUAUAUCUACCUGUGGAUCAACUACGCUCUGUACGAGGAACUGGAGACGGAAGACCUGGAGAGGACUCGUCAGAUCUACAAAACCUGCUUGGAGCUGAUACCUCACAAGGUGUUCACAUUUAGUAAAAUCUGGCUGCUGUACGCCCAGUUCGAGAUCCGUUGUAAAAAUCUCCAGGUGGCCCGGAAAACCCUCGGCAUGGCCAUCGGUAUGUGCCCUCGGGAUAAGUUGUUCCGUGGGUACAUCGAUCUGGAAAUUCAACUCAGAGAGUUCGAUCGCUGUAGGAUUCUGUACGAAAAGUUCCUGGAAUUCGGUCCGGAAAAUUGCAUCACCUGGAUGAAGUUUGCCGAACUGGAAUCCCUGCUCGGAGACAUGGAUCGUGCCCGGGCGAUCUACGAGCUGGCCAUUCAGCAGCCCCGUUUGGACAUGCCGGAACUACUCUGGAAGAGCUACAUCGACUUCGAAGUGCAACAAGGGGAGUUCGAACUGGCCCGACAGCUGUACGAGCGUCUCCUGGAGCGGACAACCCACGUCAAGGUGUGGAUCUCGUUUGCCAAGUUUGAAAUGGCCGCCGAAAACGAGGACAACAUCCAUGUGCAACUUUCUCGACGGGUUUACGAGCGUGCCAACGACAGUCUAAAGAACGCAGUCGAGAAGGAAUCCCGAGUGCUCAUCCUGGAAGCGUGGCGGGACUUUGAAAAGGAACACGGAGACGAGGACAGUCUGCGAAAGGUGAUGGCAAAGAUGCCCCGGAAGGUCAAGAAGCGGCAGAAGAUCAUCUCCGAGAGCGGCGUGGAGGAAGGCUGGGAGGAGGUGUUCGAUUUCAUCUUCCCCGAGGAUGAGAUGGCCAGGCCGAAUCUAAAACUGCUCGCUGCGGCCAAGAGCUGGAAAAAGCAGAAAGAGGUGCCCGUUACGCCGGCUGAGACGAUCGAAGGUGAAAGUGCUGCCGAACCGGAAGAGGAGGAACCCUCUGAAAGUUAGUCGUAAUAUUUAGAUGUAAAAUAAUAAAGUGUAAGUACUCAAUAAACCCAUUUUUUUUCUAAUCGAGAAGUUUUGUUUCA